AUGGCCAUAUCUUCUCUAUUCCAUGCGCUGCACUCCUGGCCAGAUAGGAGUCAGGUGACGCUCACUAUCUUCGCGCAGUCUCCCAGUGACUGGUAUGCGGAACCGGAUAAGGAGAAACGCAUGAAGCGAUACGAUGUGGGAAGCCUUUGGGGUCGUGAUCUCCUAGACCAUCGAUAUGAACGGUCGUACUUGCAAUGGUCUGCACAGGAUAUGCCAUCUGUGAACGCGGUAGUGGCCUUGAACAUCAUCGGAGAGGGCGACUGUCGACGAAUUUCCCCAGCCGCAGUGGCGAGGAUUGCCUGCCGCUUGCCUCGGCUGCGAAAGAUAGACUGCAUGCUGUGCGACAAUGAACGCAAGGACCUCGUGCUGAGGGAUUCGUUGCGUGAUGGGUUUGCCCUUUCCUUGCGCGACUGGCCUGCUUUGAUUGAGUAUCUUCAUUUAGAAUACCGUUGUGACCCUCCACUAAACGAGAACAAGAUCCCGCCUAGGAGAUCCGAGGCAGGCAAGGACGCCCUUUGCCUGGCGCUCCACCGCCUAAGCCAGCAACUAGUCACGCUUGAGCUGGAAGAGAUUACCAUCGGUCCAGAGCUGUUCUGGCCCCCCGAGACUCAAAAGAAUCCCCCUCCACAGUGGCCAAAACUCACACGGCUGAUGAUCACGUAUAUGUCCGCUACACCAUCCGGUCACUGGCUUUUUGAACGUGACCCACGGUGCCCAAUCUGGAAUCAAGAGGAUGAGCCCACGUUCGAAGAGAUUGCAGAAGGCCAGUCCGAUCACUAUGUACCAGCUAGGGAAGACUACCCUGUGGAUAGGUUCAGAAGCAAACCAUUACCUUUGAUGAAUGAGAUUUAUAAGGCCGCGGGUCUUGCGGCGCAACAUAUGCCCCUGCUCAAGGACAUGGCCAUGGCCGCCCAAAUCCAGGGCACGUCCAUUGAGGUGCGUGCAGGAUCUGCGGAGCAUCUGUUUAAAUACACGCGGGGAACGGCGCGGGUCAAAUGGGUCGGGGUGUCCGAGUUCCGUCCCACAAAGGAAGUGAUGGAUAUCUGGAAGGGUGUGGGAAGAGAGCACGGCCUCGAUCGGGUCCAGAUUGAAAGUAUUGGCUUGGAUCGCUUGCCUGCUCUGUUCUCUUACGACCUUGAUGACGAGUUCUUCGACAAGUAUAGGACAGAAGAACACGGAUACGUGUUAUGGGACACGGCUUGA